GCCGCUGCCACCAGAGAGGAGCAUGUCUGCAACUCGAGCCAAGAAAGUGAAGAUGGCCACCAAAUCAUGCCCCGAGUGCGACCAACAGGUUCCUGUUGCAUGUAAAUCAUGUCCCUGUGGUUACAUAUUUAUUAGCAGAAAACUUUUAAAUGCAAAACACCCAGAAAAAUCACCAUCUUCUACAGAAAACAAGCAUGAGGCCAAGAGGAGGCGAACAGAGAGAGUUAGGCGAGAGAAGAUAAAUUCUACAGUAAAUAAGGAUUUAGAAAACAGAAAGAGGUCUCGAAGUAACAGCCAUUCAGAUCAUAUCAGACGAGGAAGAGGAAGACCUAAAAGUGCAUCUGCCAAAAAACAUGAGGAAGAAAGAGAGAAACAGGAAAAGGAAAUUGACAUCUAUGCUAACCUCUCUGAUGAGAAGGCUUUCGUGUUUUCAGUCGCCUUGGCAGAAAUAAAUAGAAAAAUUAUUAAUCAAAGACUUAUUCUCUGAUAUUUGUCUGCAAAGUGUGUUGCAACUUUCUUCAGGAUUACAUCAGCAAAUUCUCAAACAGUUAUGAACUCCCAGGAGCAUUCUGACUGCAUCAAUAAGGGCCAUUGAUUGUUUUUUUUUCUUUAUCAUUUAGCCUGUGGCACACUUUGGGAGCAAAGCUGCAGGCUUGGACUGUUCUGGGAUUUCCUUGUUUACCAAGGAGUAUUGUCAGUGUUUUGUGUUUGGGAUAUAGUGUAUUAACCCCCACCCCCCACUGAAAAAAAGAAAAAAGGCUGGAUGGCUUUUACAAGAUUAAGGGGUAGGGUUGGGAGUGGAAGUGAGGAAACUAGAGAAAUAAAAUGAUAGUUUGCAGGUUUGCCACCAGAGAUGCAAUAUUUUAAAUACUUUGAGAAAGAGUGACUUUUAAAAAUAUAUAUUUCAGAUUUUCAGCACUAACAUUGCAUAUUUGCAGUUCAUUUAGUAAAUUGGCAAUUGAUAUUUUAUUGAAUGGGGAAUUAAUAAUAUAGACUGUAAAUUUUGUCUUAAAUUGAUUUUUUUCUUGGCCUUUAUUUUUAUAACUUAAGGUAUGAGUUAUAUUUUAGAAGCUACUUUCUAGUUUGGAAGUUUGGGUGCUAUAUGAAGAAAAACAUUUAAGGAUAUAUCAUACUUCAGAUAUUAAACACCUUGUUUUCUUGAAUGUAAUUUAUUUAUUAAUUAAAAAAAAUACUUUUUUGCUCUCAAGAUGGUGCCUGUUAACCUAAACAUAAAAUAUAUUUAUUACAUGCAAAAUAUUUCUUAGAUAGCCACUUUGAAGCAGUAAUGUUCUUUCUGAAUGGAUGUUCAUUUAUACAUCCUGAAAAUUAUUUAAAUUGUUACUUAACCUCACUCUGGAGGAAAAAAAUAAACCUUAAUAUUGAAACUAAUA